AUGGAAAAAUCUCAUUAUAUGGAGACAGAAGAGAGAAAUCAGAGAGCGCCUAAAGCUUCAGAACCAGAAUUUUUCUUGCAGUGGGGGAACAGAAAGAGACUCAGAUGUGUGAGAGUCAAAGGCUCAGAAAUCUCCGAGAGGCUCAAUGGUGGCAUCUUCAGGAAAAUCACAUCAUCUCGGAUCCAAAGCUUUGCGGUCUCCGCUUCAGAAAAAGAGAACUCUCAUCUUCAAUCCAAUCGCCUUACCAGGAAUUCUGAGGGGACCGUGCUCCGGUCAGGUGCAGGUGAGAACCGGAAGUCGUCUUCGCCGGAAAAGGAGGACAGGUACUACACCACAAGAGGAUCAGUGGGUGUGGAUGAGAAUGGGAAUGGGAAGGUCAUAAUGGAUGGAAAUAAUGGAGAGGACCGGGGGUUUGUGUGGCCGAAGCUUUACAUCACUUUGUCAAGCAAAGAGAAAGAGGAGGACUUUUUGGCCAUGAAGGGUUGCAAACUUCCCCAAAGGCCAAAGAAAAGGGCCAAACUCAUCCAAAGAAGCUUACUUUUGGUGAGCCCUGGUGCUUGGCUCACUGAUAUGUGCCAAGAGAGAUAUGAAGUUAGGGAGAAGAAAAGUUCUAAGAAGAGACCAAGAGGAUUGAAGGCUAUGGGGAGUUUGGGAAGCGACUCAGAAUGA